UAGCCUGCUUGUAUCAAUACCCUUGCCAAGUGUAAAAAUAGCUCACUCAAGACCAUUCUCUUACAAUGAAGCUUCUUAUAGCUGUGGCUCUGUUGGUUGUUGGACUCUCCCCUUGCCCAGGCUUCAGUCAGACCAGUGAGGCACCAACUGAUGUAGGAUCUGUAUCAGUUAACAGAGUGGAGUUCUCCUAUACCUACAGUGGUGUCGACAUCAACAUCUAUACUUUAACAACUUGAUAGAGAAUCCAUUUUCCGGCGAUUACUACUCCUACUUUUACUACAACCCCGCCUUGUCGUCGGAUGUGUCUGAUGAUGUACCUUGCAUUUUGAACCAAUUUGUUUUCAGAAAUACACUCACAAAUGAAAUCUUCCAGGCAGAAUACCUGGGUACUUGCAAUUCCUACGAUAUCAACCAUAUUCGGAUUAAGAGAUUAAGAUGAAUCCUAGAGAUUUUCUCAGGCUAGUUGGGAACGAUUUUAUUGAUACCAACUCUACUACGCCCUUGGGCUUGGAAAUGUACACUGCAGAUAUACUUGGAGCUCCGUUUAACCUUCGAAUAGAACCAGAUAACGCCAUUGAGUUUGACUUGAAAUUGGACUUGAGGUUCAAUGUUAGGAUUAGAGAACUUGACUAUUGGACUGAUGAGGGGAUUCUUCUGAUUCAUUUCAAUACUUUAAUUGACAUUGCGACUGUCAAUGCCAGCAAGCUUUCACUCACACUCUCUCCCUAUUACAGUGAGGAUGUAAGCAAUACUGUUAGCAUUACUGGUGGUGAAAUACUGAACCAGUCGCCAGGCUUAACAUCAUCUGUGGCUAUCAAACUGACUUCUAGUGAUCAAGAUCUUGUUGUCAGCAGAGGAAUAUGGGCUAAUGGCAGUUCAAUUUACAACAGUUUUGUUGUCUUAGAAUCAGGAUUUGCUGUUGCGUAUUUUGGAGCAGAGGUUUCUCUCACCACUCCCUAUUUAGUCACUAAUAUCCGGAGAGCCCCCACAGAUUCUGACCCCUUGUCUGUGUCUAUUCAGCUGGAGUACGUCGAUGGAUUGACUUUGGACCUGGCACUCAGUCUAGGUCAGUCGUUCAGAGUUCGAUUAGAUUUCGGAGAGAGGAUUGUCAGUGUGACGUGUGCAAGUAGGGACACUAACGAACAUGUGAACCCCAUGCUGGAGAUUGACAAUGGUGCAGUGUCUAUUCCACCUAACUACAUCCAGAAUGAUCGGCCCAGCUCCACCACUUUGAAUGCAUCCCGGGGGCUAGCUGAGUCUGGUUUGCAAGGCUACUACACAUGCAGGACAGAGGGAGACACUUUCCUCAGUCCUCACCUUCUACAUUCCAAUGGCUAUCACAUCUAUUUCUACAAAGGAUUGUCUGCUACAGUUGAUGUAGUAGUCGCAAUUGGGGAUUCAAUGAAGAGGUUCCUACAGAUGAUAGCUACCCACCCAAUGUGACUGUUACUCUACCAUCUGGUAAUACCCCAGCAACUCUGACCAUCCCAGCCACAGCACAGUACAACAACACUGUGGUGCAGUGUGAGGCAGUGGUUAGAGACGGAGGAGGGUUCAUAC